AUGGCUUCCAUGUGUAUCGCCCCCUUCUAUCUCCCCUCCAGCCCACUUGGCACCAAUGUUGUGAAACCUGGGUGGUUUGAGAGCAACUCCCUCAAACACUCGAUAAACGCCAUCUCGAUCUUCUGGGUGAUUAGUUACGGAGGACUAGCGGCAUGGUACGGCUCGCUCCCUUCCUCCCUUCCUUAUCCCCUCGACCCCUCUCUCGAUAUGGCGCUGCUGUCGUCUUCCCAAGCGAACUGCUACAUCUCCGAAGUAUUCGGCAUCCUAGAAAUUUACCGCAUGCACUUUCCCAACUCUGAAGUACACUGGCCAUCAACUCUGAGGAGCAUAUCCAUCUGCAUCUCGCCCUCGCCCCUCACCUUAUGGGAUGUGUUAGACCAGCUCUACCCUUCGGCGCCCAUUGUAGGACCUAUCGGCCGAUCCACGUGCCCCUUGCCAGUUUUUACGAAGUCUAAUUGGGAUGUCCUGGAAGGCGGUCGUCAUUAUGAGCCUCUGGCACCAUUCCUGCCAACAAUGAAUUGUCUUAAGAUGGAUCAGAUAGGGGACGUGCUCAACCCGGGGGACAUGAUGCGUCUCGUCGAUUUCAUGUUUCAUCUGCAAGAGGAGGUUGGUUCAUCACGACGCGAAGUAUACGCGAUCGCGUUUCCUCAUCGCGUUCCCGUCGCGACACAAUGCGGCGCACAGACCAUGGCCUACUUGGGGUUCAAUAUCGAGUCUCUCAAUUACAAGCUGGGUUCUGCUUUGCGCCAACCCGCAAGACAAUUGAGCAAAAAGAAACAGGACGACGCCGAUCGGAUUCGAACCGAUGCCCCCGAAGGGAAAGGAUUUCGAGUCCUUCGCGUUAGACCACUCCGCCACGACGCCUUGAGUGUUUUUCUGGCAAAGACACCGGUCUAUCUCGGUGGGUUCAUAUAUGGCAGCUGGCAUCACCUGCUCUUUCUUCCUUGGUGGGGGCCACAGCCUGGAUUGGUAUCAACGACGCCCCCAUAA